UGAUCAAUUGGUCUAUCCCCGGUCGGCGUUCCCUCUCCUUGGGCCUGCUGGCUGCCUUUUGCUUUCGGUUUGCCCUACGCUCUUCCCGUGAAGCCUGUGGCAUGAAUGACAUGGGGCAGCUGGUUCGUCUUUGUACUUGACAUGCGUGGACCCCAUCUUCUACCCUUCCAUCAUCACACCACUACACAUACUUACACGAACCUCGCCAUCCCUACUUUCAAUGCAACCUUCCUCCUUUCGACAUCUUUCAACCUGUCCUGUUUCUUCGCUACACUAAUAUUCCCUACGCCCUCGCCUUGCAUGAUAGAUCCUCCCGUGGCGGAUAUCUGGGGCGACUCCAUAUUCUCUCACCUCUCUUUACCUCUCAACCCUCUCGCCACAAACAUCAUGUUGUCUCGUUCCCACUUGAGUAUUAGGAGGCUCAUUCGGUCGGACGCGCCACUCGAUUCCGAGGACUUAUCUGAACCUGAUCAAGCCGCUCAAAUAAAACUCCAGCACCAAAUCCAACGCGCCCUCUCGAGUCGUCCACUCAAGUCAAAGAAGAAGGGAAUCCAGGACCAGUACCAGGACCAGGACCAGGACCAGUACCAGGACCAGGACCAGUACCAGCCUAUUCUUGUCCAGUGGUCUCAAAGCACACACCAGCUUUCAGCGUCGUACCCUGUCCCCGAGACCUCGCCUCGGUCUUCCAAGGGUUCAUUUUCUUUGUCCCGAUCCAACCUCGAACGCCAUCUUUCUAUCUCUUCCAAGAAUGCAGCCAACGCAUCAGGGCCUUCUUUGUCAGUAGCGAACGCGGAUGACCCGUCGGGCCCUACAACCACCCCCGCCUUCCUCCCUGAAAUUCGGCGUCUUUCCAGUGGCAUUACCAUUGCUCUCCCGCCGUUACAAGACACGACCACCACAAGGUGUGCUGCAACAACACUGAGCCCGAUCCUCGACGCACCAGAACCCGAAAUUCCUCAGGAACCCCAGCACGACCUUGAUAGGAUGACUGAAAUGGAGACAUCCGGAGCCCGUCGUGACUCUCUUCUGGACUGGGCUGCGUCGUUGCAGAAGCUAAUACAAGAGACGGAGGACGCCUUCCAGCCAGUCGAGGAUGACGAAGUGCCCUUUCGAACUGAGCCUCAACCGCGAGCAGAGUCUCAAUCGCCCUCAGAAUCAGACUUAGCCUCACCUUCACCCUCACCACCUAACGACAUGAGCAACAAGGAUAAGGAUGCCAAACCGCCGCCUUCCCCGUCGGCUGUCCAGACGACUCCCCAGAUGGGCGCUGCGCAGCUCAACGUUUUCUCCAGAAAACCCGUGGCCGUGGCCGUGACAAAGCACGUAACGUCACCACUCAGUCCUCCCGCCAGUAUGAGCACGCCGACACGGAGGUCGUCCGUAUCAAAGGCGACGCCCACUCGGUCCGCCUCUACCAAAACUACCAAGACUUACAAGAAGCACAAGCCGAGUCCGUCGAAGAGGAUACCGCGGUGGCUACUCAGCGAGAACGUCACCGGCAUCCUCACGGGGCAGUUCUUCAAGAAGGUCGAAGCGGAUGAGAAGUUCACGCCUGAGCAACUUCAAGCCGUUCGUGAGAGCGCCGACUUCCAGCGAUGGAAGAACGAGUCUAGCGAUGUCCGGAACCCCGAACGGUUCUCCAUUGGGAAACCAGUGGGGCCGGCCCUCGCCGUUGAGCCGCCGGCUCCUGUGAGGAGGUCAUCGGCGGCUGACGACCAGCCCGCCAUGUCGGGCGACGUGUUGCCGGCUUUGACAGAACCGGAACUGAAGCAAGAAGAACAACAGCAACCACAACCACAGCAGCAGCAGCAGCAGCAGCAGCAACAGCCGCGGCAACAGGAACAGGAACAGGGCCACGAACAGGGCCACGAACAUGCUACGACUUCGCCUGCCCCUGCGAAUGUGCCUGUGACAGAGAUUCAAGACGAAGAUGGCUCUAACAUCAAAAACGACGAAGAAGACGACGGCGACGACGACCUGAUGUGGUUGAUGGUUCCGACCGGCCUCAGGGCACCGCCUCCACCUCCGCCGCCUCCGCCGCCUAAAAACCCGCGACGGCAGGCCGGUCGCCCGUUGCCGUUGAAUGUGGUGCAGUCACCACUACCCACCAUCCCCGAACUGACAGUCACGGCUCCCGCCGAGGAGGGCAAAGAGACGAAGGAGGCGACGGCGAUAGACGCAGUAGACUCCCCCGGAGAGGUCGCUACCGAGCAACCGAAGACGCCCACAUCGCCUUUCGUGCCAACCGAAGACGACGAAUUCGUCUAUUACCAUUCCACCCCGUACAGCUUCAGCAUGCCGACGCUCCGGCACGGCCCGAUCCGGCUGCCCAAGCCUGAUGACAUGGUUCCCGGCAUGCAGCUGGCGCCGGACAACACGCUCGACUGGACGGCGUUCCAGAUGGCCAUCCUGGGCGGGGCGGGCGACUUCUUUUCGGACCCUUCGGAGUUUACGGGGCACGCCAACGAGGCCGAAGUGCAGGAGCUCGAGUCCUGGUUUGAGGGCUUUGGUUUUGGCGGGCUUGGGGAGCUCUUAACGGAGGAAGAGGACGACGACUAUAACGACGACGACGAAGACGAGGACGAAGAGGAGGAGGAGGAGGAGGAGGAACGGGGACAAGGGGAGACGACGCAGAAGGAGGAAACGAUGGAAAGCUCCUCGAGCUCAUCCAGCACCAAGAGCCGGUCGUCGCUGGAGUACUCGCCGUCGUGCUCGACGGCGUCGGACCCGGACAUGGACCUCCCGAUCCCGCUGGCAGAGGAGUACCCGUCGGGCUUCUGGAACGGCAGCGGGGACGACGCGGCCCGGUUCCGCCAGGGACAGGGAAGCAUCAAGCGCUGGACCAUGGAGGGCCACCCGCGGAAACCCAGCCUGCCGCUGUCGGAGGCCGGUCACAGCCUGCGACACAACAGCAUCGGCAGCCUGCCACAGAGCCCGAUGAUGGACCUCGUGUUCAUGAACCUGGAGGACGAGGACGACGAGGUGGUGCCCAUGGGGUACAACCUGCAUCACGACCUGGGGGAUUUCCUCAAGUGGGAGGCCGAGAACGCUUAUGCGUGCUCGCCGUGGGGAGUGCAUUGAGGAGCUCCCCCGGCCGUCUUUAGUACCAACUUGCUAAAAUGCACCCACUACCGACUAAUCGACUACGGUGUUACGUUGUACCCAGUCAGUCUACGUACCAACGAGCCACGAGGAUAUGGGCAUAUUAUAUUUGUACAUGCAUGACAAAACCGCAGAACAUAGAAAGGACACGGCGCAUUUAUGGGGGA